UUCUCUGGUAAAAAGUGUAGGCACUCCAGCUUUCGCACCCCGAGAGCUUGCAAAAGGGACGAAACUCUUGAAGAAAAGAGGAAGUCUAAAGUUGCUGCGAGCUCUCUUGUUUUCUAUCAUGGCGGUGUGGUUUUCGAGGCAACCCAGCUAUUCAAUUGAAACCAUGUUGAAGUUGAUUUUUUUCGUCUUUACUGCUGUUUUUAUGGUCAACGUCCAAGCUGCCGCCGUAGCCACGUCCCCAACGCCAACAACAAAUGUCACGUCAACAACUGUUCACUCCACUUCUUCCAUGGAAACAUCUGCCACUAUAAUCCCAACGCCAACAACAAAUUGCACGUCAACAACUGUUCACUCCACUUCUUCCAUGAAAACAGCUGACACCAUAAUCCCAACGCUAACAACAAGUGUCACGUCAUCAACAGUCAUUUCCUCUUCUCCCACGGAAAAUCAUAACUUCACUGCGUUUCAAGUGAUGAUUGAAUUCUUAGAUAUCACUUGGAAUGAUAAAUUUCUAGAUGAAUCAACUGUUGAAUACACUACGCUGGAAUCUAACGUGACCAAGGCUUUAAAGGAUGCGCUCAGGUUUGAAGAUAUAAACUCUACUGUCCACGUCAUCGAGUUCAAACCCGGAAGCGUGUUAGGGUUUUUCAAUAUCACAGCAACGAAACCAGAAACAGAAGUAAAGAACGCACUUGCAACGCAAAUGGAGAACGGUACCAUUGGUACUUUUAAUGUAUCAAAGACGCUGUUUUCUGAGCGCGUUUUUGAUGUUGUCAUUAAACUUAAGAAAGAAUGCAAUGACACGCAUCCGUGUGUGGAAAGUCUGAAAGAUGAAGUCGAAAAGGCGUUACCAGGGAACGAAACGGCAACAUUACAGAAGGUCACAUGCCCAAAACCUAACAACGUCACUAUAGUAACCUUUCGCCUGCAGGUAGAAGAUACUUCUUCGUAUAAUCCCGACAAGGAACUUCAAUGUUUGAAAGCGACUGUUGAGAAUGGCCAACUAAGAAAUUUUUCGUUAAUCCCAGAGUGGCAAGCUUACAUUCCUGGGGAGAAACAGUUUUCGGUUUCUUUUGAUCUAACCGAAGCUUCUAAUAAUACGAGGUUUACAAUCAAGCAACUAGAAGGAGCUAUCAAGGAUAUUUUCAAAAAUGACAAUAACUACAGAUACGUUACAGUUGAUUUGCUGAGUGACAAUAAAACGGUAGUUCUUAAAGUCGGUAUGAAGACAGUCGCCAUCGAUGAACCAAAAGCAGUAGUGAAGCCACUGGAACCACUAAGCGAAAAAGUCAAAAGGGGUACAAUUGGAAACACAUCAGUGGUAAAAGACUCGUUUGAAGCCUCCGUCAAUCCCAGCACUCUGAUACAAAAAGUGUUUAAAGUGGAAUUUCGACUUAAUAUGUCCGACUGCGACUCGAACAGUCCUGACAGGGCUUCCAAAGUCAAAGAUUAUCUACACAGUAGACUGAAAAAGUACAAAUAUUUCAUUAAAGCUGAAUUCCUGCCUAAUGAUCUCAAGUGUGUAAAUGGGUCUCGUUACCAAAAACAGCUCUUUGUACAUGGAGCCUUUUUAGUGUAUGUACUUCCGUCUGCUUCAGAAUUACGCAGCCAGUUCAACCCUUACUUAAUCGAGUGCGGGAGAAAUGCAGAAGGAGCAACUUAUGAUUGGGGAGUAAGAGUCACCCCUCAAACACCAACCCCAACCCAAACCAAAUUUGGACAAACUAUUCGCAUGGUCUGCGUCAGUAAACACUAUCCUAAACCCACGUCAGAGCCCACAGCAACCAUCACUGAGACAAAAGGGCCAACAUUUUCGACUUCUCGCAGCACAGAAGAACCAGUGUUAAAUCCUAGUCUUUACGUCAAAGUGAGACUGGGUAUUACCUGGGGAGAGUUUUGUUCCAAGUUGGAGCACAGUCUGAAACAAAAAAUAGCUUGGAACUUAUUCGACAAGAACGGUACGAGAAUAUCUCCCGACAGGAUCGUCUUCACCAACGUCGAGAAAAACUGCGCUGAUCCAAGUAAGAAGGACGAGCAGGCAGAAGUGUGGUUCUAUGUUUCUAAAGUCGACUCCAAUAAGCUUCACAAAUGUCUCACAUUGAAGGCUUAUAAAGUGUUGAAAAUGUUCGUGGAUUAUGGAAGUACCACGCUUCUUGGACCAGAUUUUGAAGGAAAGGUUAUCCAUGUGGAUCUGGCAGGCGAAGGUGCUUCUAAACACAAAUCUACGUACGAUUCUGGUGAUCUUUCAAUACUGGCCAUUAUUCUUAUUGCCGUCGCAGGCGCCGUUGGUCUUGUCUUAUUGACAGUAGCAUGCUGUUGUCUUUUCUGUUGUGCAGCAAAAAGGCGAAGAAAACAGGAAGAAGAAGAGACUCACCCAAUGCAAGUCCUAAUUGGCGCGAAUGGUGUAGAUUCCCGUGGCAAUAUGGGAAGAAACAAUGAAGAGGACGAUAAAAAGAAAAAGAGAGAAGACAAAAAGGAAAGGAAGAAAAAAGUCAAAGAGAAAAAGAAAGACGAAACUGAUAUUGAAGACAAAGAUACUCAUGGCAAAGAAAAGGAGUGCCAAACCUGGUCUUUUAUCUUUAGAAGCCGUUUUCAUCAUUUCCAUACUUCACAUCCAUCCGAUAGCAAUAUUUCGGACCUAUGUCUUUUUCAGAACCUUAGCAAAGACGUACCUGAAGAGGAAGUGAGCUAUCCAGCCAGCACUCAAAGCAAAAACAGAUCGCCUGAUGUACUGCCAGCUCCUAAGACUAGAGUAAAGUUAUCUUCAAACCCAGAUUACAUCAAUGCUAACUGGAUCAGGGAUCACAAGGGUCAGCGGUGUUACAUCGCCACCCAACAUCCUUUGUAUGAAACAGCGGAAGAUUUCUGGCGAAUGGUUUGGGAGCAAGAGUCUCGAUUAGUUGUCAUGGUAAACGAGGAAGAGAAAGAAAAACCGGCCGAAUUCAUGGAUUACUUACCAAAGGGAGAAGGAAAUACAAAGAGCUUUGGUUGCAUUGAAGUUACAGUCAAGCAAAUCAUGAAGAAAGCAGAUUACACCAUAAGUACUUUGAACAUAGCAGACAGCAAGAAACCAUCUUCCGCACGCGAGGUGUCGUACAUGAAAUUCACCUCAUGGAAGGAGCGUGCAUUGCCCAAUGUGGCUCUGUUUGUUGGGUUCGUGACUGCCACACGAGAAGCAAGCAAGAAAUACAGCAGCACCAAAGCUCCAACCAUUGUACAUUGCAGUGAUGGCCUGGGCUUCACUGGUGUGUAUAUUGCUGUGGAUAUCGGCGUUAAAAGUCACGAAGAAAGUAAAACAUCAGUUGUUGAUGUGUUUGAGUUGUCCAAGAACCUCAGAAAUGACCGUCAUGGUAUCGUCUGUACCCUGGAACAUUAUAACUUUAUCUACCAGGCGCUGUAUGAGUACACAGUCAACUACGAUGAGUCAGCAGAGACUCAAAAGCUCUGAGGAACUGAAUGUAAAAAUUUUUUGGACAUGAUACCGAACAAAAAAAGCUUGUAGUCAGAAUUACUCUCCUAUUUGAGAGCGUUACUGUUCAUUCGAAAACGUAGCUAUGGCAGUCAUAUUAUCCUUACAGUACUGAUUUCUUACUUAAUAGAUCAUUUCAUCAUAUUUUGUUCUGUAUGUUAUUUGAGCAAUGUUAUCGAAUGUGAGAGCAGUGCAAAGCUGAGGCAAGCAUUAGUGACAGUGGUCAAAUCCUCGGUUAGUUUUAUUUGUCAUUAGAGACGUGCACAUUUUAAAACUUGAACUUGGACGAAAUUCAAGCCGUCAUCUUGAAAUUGGAUUAAUGGCCAAUCAACCCUUAUAAAGAUUACUAAAACUAAAUCGUUUAACGUAUGCCCAUAACAGAGAUUUGUUUUAAGUGUAUCCACGGCCACUCGGUUUCAGAGGAAGUUGGCCGUGCAUUAGAUAUUAGUUUUUGUGGUUACUACCUCCUAUAGAAGGCGAAGCCACAUGUGUUGUUUAAGAAUUGCUUUCAGGACUGAAUUUCUAGACUGGUAACGUUGACAGGAUUUUGCUGCCUUUUAUCGUAAUAGCCUGUGAUCAACAACUACAGAUAUUUCCUGUGUUGUUCAAACAGCCAAUUAAAAGGCUAGAUGACAUGUUGUUCACUUGCGACAUAUUUAAUAUCUCAAGACACUGAAAUAUUAAUCGUCCAAAUAUUGAACAUCGCGAACAGUGUUCCCCACUCUAUUGUUUGUUUGU